GGGACCAGAGCGCAGACGGAGACGGCAUGGGCGCACUUGGGGUAGUAAGUAAGUGAGUUUGAGUGUGACAGAGGCAAGCAGGCAAAACCGCUAGACUGUGGGAAUUACACAGGAGCCGAUGAAGACCAGCUCAUUUCUUGUCCGAACUAAUAGUUUUUUCCUUGUUUAAAUUUAUUUAAAGUUGCGCUUGAGAUAAGUCUACGGAGAACUCCGGGAUCGGGGAAAACACUGAGGACAACUUUUAAGAGCAGCGAAACAACUGGCAAAUGUUUGAGAAUAUACGUUUUACUUUUACGUCUUCAUUUAAAUGACAGUGUGGUUCUGGCUGUAACUGCUCAGACGUGAAUCUCAUCAACCCCUGGAUUAACUUGUAGAGUGGGAGAUAACGGUAUUCUUGACACUCCCAAGUAUCAUAAAAGUGAUGUAAAUCUUUUAAGGUAGACCUAAUUAAUACGACCACCGACAGAAUACUGCGCCUGUUUGUAGGUGUUGAAGGAGUUUGGAUGGACUCACAAACCCCUUAAAUUUAUUAACCGUUUGGACUAAAGGGAGUUGUGCGCCUGGGCUGCCAUGACAUAACGGGACACUCUUGGAAAACCAAGGGUAUAUGAUUUUUUCUUAAAUGACUGGAUGAUGAGUGUUUAUUGUUGAGCGGAGGAUCUCCAAAUUUACCAUUCAUUCAAGACCUGAAAGAUAAUUGUGUUUCUUCUCGCCCUCCUUACUACCCCCCCCCCCAGAAAAAAAAGCUUCAUGGUGGAGAUAUGGGAUGACUGGAGGCGGGGGUGCAGCUGAGGUGAGAUCCAGCCGAAGGACAAUGUUUGCGCCCGGCGUUGGCAUCCCUCUGCUGCCGGGGCGUCUGGUACUGAUGCUGCUCCUGCUGUCCGCCUCCGAGCCGAGGCUCUCCCAGGCUUGUCCCGGGUUGCUCGCCUCCACCAGCGGCUGCAGCUGCACGGACGAGCGGUCCAAAGCGCACGGCGUCCAGGCUGUGGGGAGAAGGGUCAGCUGCAGCAAAGAGGAGCUGACUGAACCUCCGGAUGCCAGCCUGCUGCCCAACAGGACCGUCACUCUGAUUCUGAGUCACAACAAAAUCCGAGUUCUGAAAAAUGGAUCCUUCUUUGGACUUUACGCUUUGGAAAAACUGGACCUCAAGCACAACUUAAUCAGCACCAUCAUGCCUGGAGCCUUCCAAGGCCUCUCUGAGCUUCGGAAACUCGACCUAUCCAACAACCGCAUUGGCUGCCUGACUGCAGACAUGUUCCAGGGGUUGACCAAUCUCACUAAACUGAACCUCUCUGGCAACAUCAUAUCGACCAUGGAUCCAGGAGUGUUUCAGGAGCUGCCGUCCCUCAAGCUAGUGAACUUCAACUCAGACUACCUGUCAUGUGACUGUGGGUUGCGUUGGGUCCCGGGGUUCUUUCGCAGCAGUUCAGCCCGGUUGGGGGACGAAACCCUGUGUGCCUACCCCAAGAGCCUGAGGGGAAAGCCCCUGCGUGGACUAAGGGAAAGCCAGCUGAGCUGUGAUGGUGCUCUGGAGCUGCACACACUGUCGCUGCUGCCGUCCCAGCGUCAGGUGGUCUUCAAAGGCGAUCGGCUGCCCUUUCAUUGCACUGCUGCCUUGGUGGACAAGAUCACCACAAUACACUGGCGUCAUAAUGGUCAGCUGGUGACCUCUGACCCAGAGAUCGGGGUCCAGCUGGAGAACAGUGUGCUGCAUGACUGCACCUUCAUCACCAGUGAGCUUAUUCUAUUCAACGUACAUGUGGAGGCCAGAGGAGAGUGGGAGUGUGUGGUUUCUACUGGGCGGGGCAAUACAUCUCGCAGUGUUGAAAUAGUGGUGCUGGAGAACAGUGCCUCCUUCUGUCCAGAGGAUAAAGUUGUCAACAACCGUGGGGAGUUCAGGUGGCCCAGAACUCUGGCAGGUAUCACCUCACAUCAGUACUGUCUGCAGCUGCGUUACCCCUCCCUGUCUGUGGAGGGAGGUAUUGAGCAGAAAAAAGCCUCUCGAUACUGUGACCGUUCUGGGAAGUGGCAGGAGGGCGACUAUUCAGACUGUCACUACACCAAUGGCAUCACCCGUGUCCUGCAUACUUUCAUCCUGAGGCCCAUCAAUGCAUCCAAUGCUGUCACUCUGGCACAUCAGGUGCGCACGUACACCCUGGAGGCUGCAGGCUUCACUGACUCUGUGGAUGUGUUGUAUGUGGCGCAAAUGAUGGAGAAGUUUAUGGAAUAUGUUGGACAGCUGCGAGAGUUGUCAGAGGUCUUGGUGGAGAUGGGCAGUAACCUGAUGCAGGUGGACGACCAGAUCCUCGCUCUUGCCCAGAGAGAGAAGAGAGCCUGCAGCUCCAUAGUCUACUCUCUGGGUACACUGGCCUGGCCUCAGCUACACAGUCAUGCUCAGGACUUCUCCAUGGUGUCUAGGAACAUUGUGAUGGAGGCCCAUUUAAUUCGACCAGCCCACUUCACUGGCAUAACCUGCACUGCGUAUCAGCGUCGUGAGGUCUCAACGGGCAGCCUGGGAAUGGAAAUGGCCGAGUCCGCUCGUGAGCAGCAACUUCGUUUUCGCUGUAGCACUGGCUCCCAUAACACCUCCCUCAACAAUUUUCCUCUAAAGAAUUCAGUAGCCCUGGCCUCUGUGACUCUCCCAGCUACUCUGUUUCCUCCCGACGCUCCUGCAGACUGUAAGCUGCAGUUUGUAGCCUUCAGAACCGGCAGCUUUUUCCCUCUGUCUGGGAACUCCAGCAACACUGGGGAACACUCUCGCCGACGUAGCGUCAACACUCCUGUCAUCUUUGUUGGCCUAGAUGGCUGCAGAAUGUGGAACCACUCAGAACCCAUCUGGGUGUCGCUGCGCCACUUGUCCCCUGGCACUGAUGCUGUGGCAGCCCAGUGGAGCCUGAAGGCACUGGAGAAACAGGGAAGCUGGAGCCAGGAGGGCUGUCAGCUGGUACACAGUGACAGCAGCACCUCCACAAUGCGCUGCUCUCUGCUUAGCAACUAUGCUGUGCUACAGGAGGUGCCUGACUUCCCCAAUUCCACACCCAUCUCUGUAAGAGUACUCCACCCUGUGGUCUAUGCCUGCACUGCAGUGCUCCUGCUUUGCCUCUUCACCAUCAUCAUCACACACAUACUGCACCACAGUUCUAUUCACAUAUCAAGAAAAAGCUGGCACACAUUACUGAAUACCUGCUUCCACAUCGCCAUGACAACAGCCAUCUACGCAGGAGGCAUAAGCUUGACCAGCUACCCAGUGGUUUGUCAAGCAGUGGGCAUUGCCCUGCACUACUCCUCGCUGUCGACCCUGUUGUGGAUUGGAGUCAGUGCCAGGGUCAUCUACAAAGAGGCUGUGUGGAGAAUGCCACGGCAGCCGGAGGGAGAGUCUCCUGCUCCACCUACACAGCGACCUAUGCUCAGGUUCUAUUUGAUAGCUGGUGGAGUUCCUCUUAUCAUUUGUGGGAUCACUGCAGCUGUCAAUGUCAACAACUAUGGAGACAACAGCCCUUACUGCUGGCUGGUGUGGCGCCCCAGUCUGGGGUCUUUCUUUGUCCCUGCUGGCCUAGUGGUGUUGGUGACAUGGAUCUAUUUCCUGUGCACUGUGUUUCGCCUAAAGCACCGUGUGGCCAAAGAAUGCACAGGAACCACCCUGUCCUCUCCCGUUACUGAGAGCCAGCCUGCACUGGCAGGAAGCACCAGUCUCCUCUCCACAGACUCAGUGGUGGGACCUAUAAACCCUGUUGUGGCACCAGAGGACCAGUAUUCGCUGAAGACACAGUUCUUGGUGCUGGUGGCAACCCACUUCCUGUUUGUGGUUCUGUGGUGUUGUGGAGCCAUGGCAAUGUGGCUGACAGGGCACACUAGCUUGUUGUUUAGCUGUCUCUAUGGGAUGGCUGCCACAGUUUUGGGGGUAUUUCUGGUGGUACACCACUGCUUCCGACGUCUGGAUGUGCAGGCUUCAUGGCUGGCAUGUUGCCCAGGCUAUCGCCGCUCCCAUCCCAUGUCUACUUACGCACACACCUGCACUACCGGGAGUGGAGUGCAGACCUCUGAGCAGGGAUCGCAACUUUUCAUCAACUGCCAUCCACCUGGUGACUCUCAUAACUCCUCAUCAGUUCGGUCAUCAUCCACGCCAAGUGGAAUCAGCAGUGUGGGCCCUGGGCCCUGCAAGCUCACCAACCUGUUGCAGGUGGCACAAGACAAUCCAAACAACACUUCACGUGCCCCUGCGGGCAACAACACUAGCACCAGUACUGACAACAUCACCAAGCCAACAAACAAUAUUCUGCCCACCAUUAACUCUGCAGCCCCCGUGCAUCCUCAGAGAAGGAAAGUGAGUAGCAGAACUAAACAAGGAAGCAGCCAGUAUCACCACCGGAGUGAAGGCAGAGGUCACUAUCGUCUCAAAGCUCUAAGGACUGCUGCAGGUGGGGGCAGCCUGGGAGCUUUAGGACCCACUGGUUUUGAGCACCUCAGUUCUUCACAUGCGGUUUACAAACAGGCCACGAGUGAGAAUGGCAGCAUCCACCACAGCCUUUCAGAGAACCAGGCCAGCCCGCUUACCAAUGGAAAGCACGUUGGAGAGUCAGUGGCAACCAGCCCCUCAGAGGGAAGUGAUGGGGGCAGCAGCGGGAGCCGCAAACCCUUCCCCCUGUUGCCAUCUAUGGCCAGCAGAGCUGCCAUGCACGGUGCUCAGAGACGAUGCGCCAGCAGAGACAAUUUGAAACUAGCUGCUGCUGCAGAGCGAGACACUAAGCGCUGCUCCUACCCUUUGAACAGUGUCACCACCACUGUGCCAGGGGCCGCUGCCCCAAAUGGCACCCUCAAAAACUCAGUGAUCGAGCUAGAGCAGGACAUGAGUGGCACAGACCAAUCCCAGAGCUCCGUUGGAAUGAAGAGUGGUUUGUGGAAAAGUGAAACCACAGUGUAACCUAUACUUAUAUGUGAACUUCUAUGCAUGACCUUAAUGGACUCUUAAAUGAUUAGGUUAUGUUUUAAUGGUCUCUUGAUUAUAAUAAUUAUAUAAUUUAAGAUAUAAAAUCAUGAAGGCAUCCAGGACCCUAAACUGGUACUUUUGCCUCUGUAGCAUUGUAAGAGUUUGCUGUGAAAUGGUAAAAAAAAAUAAUAAGGCAGGUUUUUUUAUUGUCAUUUUCAAACAUAAGAUACUCAUUUCUUUUAUUCAUUUCACGAAAAAUGUACAUGAUAUCUCUGAAAUUGACAUAUGAUGUUGAUUUUGGAUGUCUAAUGAAAGCUUUACUGUUUUAGUUGUGAUUUUUCUAUGCAUAUCAACUAUAGCAUGAAAUGGAAUGCAAGAUGGUCCACUUAAUCUGUGGACAACCUUUCACUCUUAUGAUGGCUUCAAGUAAUUGUUUGCGUGGAACUCAUGUAUGCUUUUGUAUGUUCUGUGUGUGUCUCUGUGUGUGUGUGUGUGUGUGUGUGUGUGUGUGUGUGUGUGUGUGUGUAUGUGCACAUACACUAGGAGAGUAAUUGCAUGAGUGUGGCUGUACAGAAUCUCGGUGUGAAUUAAAAAAAGUUAUGCGAGACUUUUGGAUAUAUGAUGAAAAUAUUUUAUUUUUAUUUCUAUGUACUCCCAACAGCACUGACAGAGCUCCCCAUAUCUAAUAAAUCCAGAAAGAAUAAAAAUUAGGGGAAAAAAUAA